AUGGGAUUAUUUACAACUUCUAACAUUUCUGACGUUGGCGUUACAGUAGUCUUGGGCUCCCAAUGGGGAGACGAAGGAAAAGGUAAGCUAGUUGACUUAUUGGCACAAGAAGCAGAUAUUUGUGCACGGUGCGCUGGUGGAAACAACGCCGGACAUACAAUAGUCGUAAACGGUACAAAGUAUGAUUUUCAUUUGCUUCCAUCUGGUUUGAUUAACCCUAAUUGUGUGUCAAUCAUUGGCUCUGGAGUUGUUGUUCAUCUUCCUUCAUUUUUUGAAGAAUUGAAAGCUUUGGAAGAAAAAGGAUUAAAUACUAGUGGUCGUCUUUUAAUUUCGGAUCGAGCGCAUUUAGUGUUUGAUUUUCAUCAGAUAGUUGAUGGCUUGAAAGAAAAAGAAUUGGGACGAUCAAGUAUCGGUACGACGAAGAAAGGUAUUGGACCCGCAUAUUCGUCCAAAGCUUCUAGAUCUGGUUUACGUGUUCAUCAUUUAUCAAAUCAUGAGGCGUUUGCAGAAAAAUUUCGCCAGAUAGUAGAGAACAGAAGAAAACGGUACGGUUAUUUUGAAUAUGACGUUGAAGGCGAAAUCGAACGUUACAAGCAUUUUGCCGAACGUUUAAAACCUUAUGUUGUAGAUAGUGUGGCUUUUAUGCACAAAAGUUUAACGUCGCGGAAAAAGAUUCUUGUUGAAGGAGCUAAUGCAUUGAUGCUUGAUCUGGAUUUUGGUACUUAUCCAUUUGUGACGAGCUCUAACACUACUAUUGGUGGGGUGAGCACUGGACUGGGUAUUCCACCAACCAAGAUUGAUAAAGUGAUCGGCGUUAUGAAAGCGUACACAACGAGAGUAGGAGGAGGUCCAUUUCCUACCGAAUUGACGGAUGAAAAAGGAGAAUAUUUACAACGCGUUGGCGCCGAAUACGGUUCUACCACUGGACGAAAGCGCAGGUGUGGGUGGCUUGAUCUUGUAGUUUUGAAAUAUUCAACAUUAAUUAACGGCUAUACGAGUCUGAAUUUGACCAAACUUGAUGUGUUGGACAAUCUUAAUGAACUUAAGGUGGCAACUGCAUAUUGUAUAGACGGAAAACCUUUAGAAAGCUUUCCAGCCGAUUUAGAUAUUCUCGAGAAAGUGACCAUCCAAUAUGAGGUAUUACAAGGCUGGAAGUAUGAUAUCUCAAAAUGUCGGCGGUUUUCAGAACUUCCAGAAAAUGCGCAAAAAUACGUAAAGUUUAUUGAAAAUUAUCUUGGCGUUCCUAUCGAAUGGAUCGGCGUCGGUGUUAACCGUGAAGACAUGAUUGAUUUAAAGGAUUAA